AUGGGAGAAAACUCAAGCAUCACCACCUCACCAACCAUUUUCAGCCAUGGAAAUGUGAUCCAACCAACACAAAUGAUUUCGUUCAACCCACCAUCGAAGCUCUCGAUCAAACUGAUGGGAAGCUCAAACUAUUUGACUUGGCAAGCCCAAGUAACCACCCUGCUAUUUAGAUAUGAUCUCCUAUCCUACAUUGAUGGCACAUCUGUUAUUCCUCCAGUGUGUAUUGCAGAUGACAAAGGCAGUCAACUUCCUAAUCCAACAUACAAAUUGUGGCCAAGGCAAGACAACCUUGUUCGCAGUGCAAUCAUGGCCUCUGUCGAUCCAUCCAUUGCGCCACUGAUGUCUCAAGCAGCUACUGCCAAAAACGUAUGGGAUAGUUUGCAAACGACUUAUGCAAACAAAUCUCAAGCAAGAAUUUUUGGACUUCGUGAGUUACUCUCAAACAUCAAGCGAGACUCCAAGUCCAUAAGCGACUACAUGAAAGAAAUUAAAUCCAUUGCGGAUGAUCUGGCUGCCUCUGGCUCACCUCUAAUAAAUGCGGAACUAGUCAUCAAAGUUUUGAGCGGACUUGGAGCAGAAUAUAAAGAGAUCUCAGCGGCUAUACGUGCUCACGAUAAUCCCAUAUCUUUCGAAAAACUAUUUGACAAACUUCUUGCUCAUGAAGUUUUUGUCCAGCACUCAGAAUCAAAGAAUGAGUAG